UGAAAUAAUACACAGUUUUAUCAGUUUCUACUAUAUAUAUAUAUAAAAAACCCUUGUCAUACAAUCCAAACCACCCCGGCAAACAUGAAACAAAUGGUGCCGCCUGAAACCUUUUUCUUCUUCUUCUCUUUUCUCUUCCUCUCAUUCCAUGCAUGUUUUCCGAUAACACCUGAAACCUUACACACAUCCUUCACUCAAUGCUUCCAAAACCACUCCCACCAUCCCUCCAUUUUCAACCUCAUCAUCCCUUCAAACACAACAGCUUACACCAAUUUCUUCCACUCUUCCAUCAAGAACACCAGACUAGUCAUGACCAACACCACUCACACCACCUUCAAACCACUCUUCAUCAUUUCUCCAACACUCAAAUCCCACGUCCAAGCUUCUGUUGUUUGUGCCGCCCGGCAUGGCCUCCGGCUAAGAACAAUGAGUGGUGGCCAUGACUAUGAAGGCCUCUCCUAUAUAUCACACCAUGACCAUCCUUUCAUCAUCCUCAACCUCUCCAAACUCCGGUCUAUUCACAUCGCCGGAGACAUUGCUUGGGUGCAAGCCGGUGCAACUCUAGGCGAGCUUUACCACGAGAUAGCAAAGAAGAACAAGUCCAUGGGAUUCCCUGCAGGCCUCUGUCCAACUGUUGGAGUUGGUGGCCACUUCAGUGGAGGUGGUUUUGGCACCUUGGUGAGAAAAUAUGGUCUUGCAGCUGAUAACAUCAUUGAUGCUCAUCUUGUGGAUGUUAAUGGAAGAGUUCUCAAUAGAGAAACCAUGGGAGAAGACCUCUUCUGGGCCAUUAGAGGUGGAGGUGGAGCAAGCUUUGGUGUCAUCCUCGCUUACAAGAUCAAGUUGGUGGAGGUCCCUCCUAAGGUCACAGUCUUCACAAUCCAUAGGACACUGAGUCAGGGUGCAACCAAGCUUGUCAACAAGUGGGAGCACAUUGCAUAUGAACUUAAUGAGAGGUUGUUCAUCAGAGUACUCUUUCUAGUCAAAGAUAAUAUAGAAAAUAAAGGAAGGAACAACAAAACCAUUGAAGUUCUUUUCAACUCUCUGUUUCUUGGUAGCAGAGAAGAGCUUCUUCCUAUAAUGGAAGAUAGCUUCCCUGAACUUGGAUUGGAGGCUAAUGACUGUAAGGAGAUGAGAUGGAUUAAGUCAGUGCUUUACAUGGCAUGGUAUCCAAAAGGCACACCAGUUUCCACUUUACUGGAUAGAAAUCCACCACGGUUGAAGAAUUCCCUCAAAGGAAAGUCAGACUUUGUAACAGAGCAUCUCAAUGAGAAGGUGUGGGAGAGGAUAUGGAAAAAGGUUCUUGGAGGAGGUGAGAGUCUUAUAAUGAUUCUUGAUCCUUUUGGAGGGAGGAUGGAUGAUAUCUCUGAAACUGAGACUCCCUUUCCUCACAGGAAGGGGAACAUGUAUAGCAUUCAGUACUUGAUGAAAUGGAAAAGGAUUGGAGAUGAAGAUGAUAAGAAGCAUGUGGAUUGGCUUAGAAGGUUUUAUGAGUUCAUGGCUUCAUAUGUGUCUAAGAAUCCCAGGGCUGCGUAUUUGAAUUAUAGGGACCUGGAUUUGGGACAGAAUCAAGGUGGUGGAGUUAGCUAUUCAAAGAGUUUCGUUUGGGGUCACAAGUACUACAAGGGUAAUUUCAAGAGGCUGGCUUAUGUCAAGUCUCUGGUUGAUCCUGAUAACUUCUUUAAGCAUGAACAGAGUAUUCCACCUCUUUGAAUUCAUUGUCUCAUGUAUGCUAACUUUAAUGAUGAACAAUAAUAAGCAAUUUUAUAGAUGGACAAGUUACUAUAGAUAAAAAAUAAUGGUUGCAUUAGUUUAUGCAAUAAAAUGUUCCAAAUAGUUAGAAUA